GGAACCACCGCCUCUAGGGAUGGACGGUCAGACUCUGCGAAAGGCUGAGAGAAGCCGGUCCUGCUCUCGGGAGAACAAGGAGGGUUACACUAAGGACAUGGUGACAGACUUUGAUGAGAAACAUGAUGAGUAUUUAAUAUUGCUUCAGCAGAGGAACCGGAUAUUAAAGCAUUUGAAAGCCAAGGACCCCGUGCAGCUGAGACUGGAGCACUUGGAGCAGGGCUUCUCCGUCUACGUCAACGGGGCCAAUUCGGAGCUGAAGGCGUCGCCACGGAGAGCCGUCCACUCCCACGUCUCCAGAAGUGCCUCGCAGGCCGAGGGGGCACAGGAUUAUGGACGAAGAACCCUGUUUCGAGAAGCUGAAGAAGCUUUAAGACGGAAUUCACGGACAGCCCCCAGCAAAGCCCAGCGCCGCGGAUGGCACCAGAAAUCUGUGCAGAUCAGAACAGAAGCUGGUUCGAGGCUCCAUAUCGAACCUCCUCUGGACUAUUCUGAAGAUUUUGAGCCACAUGCGGACACGACUGUCACUGCAAAGGAUGCUUCCGGGGGUCACCCACAGGAUUCCAAACCUCCGACCGGCACCACACCCUGUGAUGUUAACUUCUUCUCCCUUCAGAACGCUCAUGGACAUUCCGACCUUCCAGGCAGUACGGACAAAGCAAGGAUCCUCUUAACUAUCCAGGAUGUAAUGGAGCUAAGAAAAAGCCUAGAACUUAGUGUAAAUCUACAAAGGAAGCAAAAGGACUGUUCCAGUGACGAGUAUGACUCCAUUGAAGAGGAUGUGCUCUCUGAGCCCGAGCCUGAGGACCAGGCCCUGGGGGGCAAUCCCAGACAUGGCACCCCUCUUUCCAGGGGGGGCUCCGUGCAGGAGGAUGUUCCUGACGACCAGGAGACGGCAGGACACCCUUCCCGGGGCCCAGACACCCUCGUGGUGCUGGAAUUCAACCCGGCGUCCAAAGGUAAUAAAAAGGAGAGGAAUUUGUCUGCUAAGCGAAAGGACAAUGCUGAGGCCCUCGUUCCCAGCAAACGAGAGCCAACCCCGACUCCCCAGCCCCCCACUGUGUUCCCAGACCGGGAGAGGCCAUGUUCAAGACCUGGAAGCCGACGGGAGAGACUCCCAUCAGCAGCCCGAAAACCUGUGCUCCAGGCUGAGGACCCGCAGGAAGACGCAUCAGCUGUGCUCCGAGCCAUCCAGGUGGAGAAUGAAGCCCUGCAGAGGGCGAUCCUGAGCAGAAGGGCCGAGCCCGCCACCAGCCAGCUGCAGGGCGUGGAGGAACCCCCAGCAAAACCGUGGACUGGUCUGCUGAAGGCACAGGAGGAGAGCCCGGAGGUUGUGCUCCAGUCUGUGCUGUGUGCUCAGCAUACAGAUCAGAUUAGCCCCUGGCCUUGCGAAGCUUUCAGGCUACAAGCAAAUGAAGCCAUAAAUAAACAGCUGCUUCCCGUCACCAUGGAGACCAACACGGAGGAGCCAUCCCAGGCGGCAGGGGGAGCCAGAGCCGUCAGCGCAGCCAUUGACAGGAUCGGCCUUUUGGGGAGCAGGCAGCAGCAGAAGCUUCUGGAAGUCCUCCGGGCCAUCGAAAGCGACUCUGCCCAUGUCAGCCGGGUGGGUUCACCAGCUGAGGAGCAGGUGCUGGCCCCAGAGGACAAGCUGGGGGUGAAAGAAGAGAUGAAAGAUGCCAUCUACGUGACGAUGGAAAUCCUGUCCAACUGGGGCAACCUGUCGUGGGUGGGCCUCACCGAAGUCGAGUUCUUUGACCUGGACGACACAAAGCUGUACGUGUCACCUCAUGACGUGGAUAUCCGUAACUCGGACCCGCCGGGGGACCUGGGCCAGCUGGUCAACAGGAACUUGGCUAGCAAGAAAGACUCCUCCUUGUGGACCUGCCCCUUCCACCCGCCGCUGCAGCUCUUUUUCGUUAUCCGCAACACGAGAAGGCUGCAUGCCUUUGGCCUGGCCAGGAUCAAGGUUUGGAACUACUGGACAGCUGAUGGU